AUGAAGACGGCGCUGGUGCAUCGUGUUUGCUUUUGUGUGCUAGUGGUUGCUCUGGUCCUGCUCGGGACGCACGCCUCGGACAUUUUGAACGAUGCGCACGUGUACCGAUCGUUUGCCUCGUUCGAGGUAGUACCGGAUGUGGUGGACGAGGCGCCUGACUGCUGGGCACGGGUUUCGUUUAAAAGUGGCCGCCAGGCGGAGGGUGGAAAUCGGUUAACUCCUACGCAAAUCCGCAACCCACCGGUAGUCACGUGGAACUCGAACGAGCGAGCGCUGUAUACGCUGAUCCUGACCGAUCCCGAUGUGCCCUCCCGGGAUGAUCCACGCUACCGAGAGUUUAUUCACUGGGCCGUGGGCAACAUUCCCGGCAACGACAUCGACCGGGGUGAAACGAUGGUCGAGUAUCUGGGUGCCGUAACGCCCCGCGGCACUGGACUGCAUCGGUUUGUGUUGCUGGUGUUCGAGCACCUGCAGAAGCUGGACUUUUCCGGCGAACCACGGAUUUCCAACCAGUGUGGCCCGGUCCGGCGAUAUUUUUCGACACGCAACUUCACGCGCAAGUACGAGCUUACCAACCUGUACGCCGGGAACUUCUUCCAGGCGCAGUACGAUGACUACGUGGCCACGCUGCAGGCACAGCUGAGGGAAUGUGAGAAUGAACGUUCGCUGAACGAACUGAACGGAGCACGUAAUGGAACGGUUUUUGGAGGGCCUUAA